AACUGCAAUCUUCAUGCACGGAGGUGCCGCUUUAAUAUGGAGCUCUACAAGCUUUCAGGCCGCAAGAGUGGAGGGGUUUGCCUGAAUUGUCGACACAACACAGCAGGCCGCCACUGCCAUUACUGCAAGGAAGGCUUCUAUCGGGACCUAAGCAAGCCAAUAUCUCACAGGAAAGCAUGCAAAGAAUGUGAUUGCCAUCCCGUGGGUGCAGCUGGCCAAACCUGUAAUCAAACCACAGGUCAAUGUCCCUGUAAAGAUGGUGUGACUGGCAUCACGUGCAAUCGAUGUGCCAAAGGCUACCAGCAAAGCCGAUCUCCCAUUGCCCCGUGCAUAAAGAUUCCUGUUGCUCCACCCACCACUGCAGCUAGUAGCACGGAAGAGCCUGCAGACUGUGAGUCAUACUGCAAGGCGUCCAAAGGGAAACUGAAGAUCAACAUGAAAAAGUACUGUAAGAAAGACUAUGCUGUGCAGAUCCACAUCCUGAAGGCCGAAAAAACUGCUGAUUGGUGGAAGUUCACCGUCAAUAUCAUCUCUGUCUACAAACAGGGAAGCAACCGGAUACGGCGUGGGGACCAGAGCCUGUGGAUCCACUCCAAGGACAUUGCAUGCAAAUGCCCCAAAGUAAAACCCAUGAAGAAGUACUUACUGCUGGGCAACAAUGAGGACUCACCUGACCAGAGUGGCAUCAUAGCAGACAAAACCAGUCUGGUGAUACAGUGGAGGGACACGUGGGCUCGGAGGCUCAGGAAGUUCCAGCAACGGGAAAAGAAGGGGAAGUGUAAGAAAGCCUAAAGGAAGAGAUGGCAUCAGAGAGAGGGUGAGUCAACAAAGAAUAAUGGACAAUGAGAGAAAAAUCAGCUUCCUGGGAGCACAGGGAAGGGGCAAGGGGUCUUUCAGGAUCCUGCACCUGCAUUUACCAUGAAGUGUUACACACAGCGGUGGAAUGUUACAGCAACUUGAGUAGUGCAAAACAAUACAGAGGUACUCUUAGGAAAGGUAACAUAGAAUUUGUAACAGGGUAAAAGGGCUGCGGUGCCUACAAAGUGAUUCUGGAAAGCAGCUGAAAUGCCAAAACAAUCAUCACUCACUAGUAGCAGUGAACAAAAGUUGUUUCGUCUCAUUUUAAUUUGUUACAUUUUGUGUCUGUUUUCCCUUGCACACACCCACCUUUUCUCCUGUUACACAGACCUGUCGGGAAACCUGUGUUUUUGAUUUAUUUCUGUUAAUAUCUUGAAUUGUAAAUGUUGUUUAGUUAUGACCAUUGCAUACUGUUUUGGGCAAUGUUUCUUUACAAUGCAUACUAAUAUAUUAUGGUUAUUAUAUAUGAAUAUAUUUAAUGACACGUGAAAAAGUUGUGGAUUUUCUUAUUUUUUUUCCAAGUUGUCUUUUUUUUUGUUGUUAGAUGGCUGUAAUUGAACCAGAAGGAGCUUGUAACUGUUCAGCACCCACUCGGUAGAACUAAAGUAAGAAACCAGUUGAAUAAACUUGUGUAA